AUAAAUAAUAAUAUAAUAACAAAAAUGUCUGAAAUCCCAAGAUUUUUAACCCAAAAACAAGCUUAAUUACGUGAAUAAUAAAUCGUAUAAAACUCUACAGAAUACCAUUUAUAACUCCUUUUAAAUGAAUUUGACCGUUACUAAGGAAUUCUCGAUGUAUCUUUCGUUACCUAAAACUGUACUCAUGACCUAUUCCUUGACUACAGUGGCUAAAACCUUGAACAUGUUCUAAUAAACGGAAAAGAAGUAUAAAAAACUUAAAAUUCCUACAAUAAUAUAUGGGAUGGCUUAUUUAUUAGAGUACCUUCACAUUACCUUAUAAAUGGUAAAAACUAAAUUUCUAUAUAUUUCCAUAGUGAAUAUGCUAAUAAUGGUUUAGGACUUCAUAGCUUUGUAGAUACAGAUUAGAAAUAAUACAUUUACUCAUAAUGUGAACCUUAUUGGUGUAAUAAAAUUUUUCCUUGUUUCGAUUAACCGGAUCUUAAAGCUACUUUAAACUUAGUUAUUAUAGGACCUAGUAAAUGGGUUUUAUUAAGUAAUGAGAGUCCUAUUAAUUAACAAAAGAAAUUUUCUUUAGAAUAAUAUUAAUAAAAUUUAUAAGGAAAUUAUUCGAAAACUUUCCUUAAUUAACUAAUUGGAAAUAUAAAAGAUGAAAAUUAAUAUUAAUACGUUUUUUAUAAAAAAACUUAAAUAUUACCAACUUAUCUUUUUGGUAUUGUAGCAGGACCUUAUGCUGAAAUUAAAUAUUAAAAUACACAUAAAAAUAUACCUAUGAGUAUUUUUUCAAGAGAAUCUUUACUUCCUCAUCUUUAAAAAAUGUCUGAUUUUAUUUUCGAAGUAACAAAUGAUUCAAUGAGGCUUUUCGAAGAAUUUUUCGGUUAUCCCUAUCCUUUUUCUAAAUACGAUUAAGUAUAUGUUCCUGAAUAUAAUGUAGGAGCUAUGGAAAAUGCCGGAUUAGUUACAUUUAAUGAUUUAUAUGUAUUUAGAGAAACCGUAACUGCUUCAAGAAUGACUAGUUUAGCAAAUACUAUAACUCAUGAAUUAUCUCAUCAUUGGUUCGGUAAUUUAGUGACAAUGAAAUGGUGGAACGAUUUAUGGUUAAACGAGUCUUUUGCAGAUUUUAUUUCUCACUUCAUUUUAUCUAAAAUGAACGUCAAAUCAAUCUAACUAGUAGACAUUUGGGUGAAAUUUAAUGUCAAUAAAUCAUGGGGAUAUCGUACUGAUUAAUUAAUAACAACACACCCAAUAGCAUGUGCUGUAGAAAACACAGAAGCUGCGGAUUCUAUAUUUGACGGAAUUUCAUAUUCUAAAGGAUCAGCUACUCUAAGAUAAUUACUAUGUUUAAUGGGAGAAUAGUCUUUCUCUAAAGCCCUAUAGACUCAUUUCCAUAAAUACGCAUUUAAAAAUGCUACACUAGAUGAUUUCAUAGAAGUCCUAAAUGAAGAAUUUUAAAAAUCAAAUUAAUAUCCUUUCAGCUUAAACGAAUGGUAAUAGAAAUGGAUUUAAACAGCCGGCUUAAACGAAUGUUAGCCUAUUUUUAACAAAGAAAGUAAAAGUAAAGAAACUGUCCUAAAAAUCAAAUAAACUGCAGCCUUAUAAUAACAUCCUACACUAAGAAGACAUAAAAUGAAAGUCGCAUUUUUUGACUCUGAAGGAAAUGUAACCAGUUAAGACGUUCUUUUGGAUGAAAAAGAGGAAACUAGUAUAGUCUAUGAUGGCUCUAAAAGUGAAUUUUAGGCAGUCCUUUUAAAUUAUUAGGAUUUUGCAUUUAUUAAGGUACUUCUAGAUGAUUUAUCCAUAGUUUUCUUUAAAAAUAAUAUGCAUAAAAUAAAAGAUGUUUUAACAAGAAAUUUAAUCUGGAGAGCAUUCUUUGAUAUGGUCAGAGAUGGUAAAUUAUCAUCUGAGGAAUAUUUCGAUAUUUUCAUGACUGCAAUACCUCAUGAACAAUCAGAUGAUAUAAUCACUAAUUAACUUAUGUUUUUGAACAGUGCUUAUUCUUAAUUUACACCUAGAAAAUACUAAAAUUAACUAGCAGCUAGAAUGUUUAAUUUUCUAGUAUCUUAUCUAUUAAAAAUACCUAAAGAAAAUAAGAAUAGAAUUAUUGAAAUCAAAGAUAAACUAGACUUUUUUGCAAGAAAUAAUGAACAUAUCGUAUAUCUUCUAGAUUGGUAUAAUGGAAAUAAUUAAGAUCUAAAAGAUUUCGAGUUAGGAAAUUCUAUUGAAUGGAGAAUUGUUAGUUUAGUACAUAAAAGUAAGAAAUUUACAAGAGAUUAAAAAAAUUCACUUUUUAAUAUUUAAUCUUAAAAAGAUUAAACUGAUACUAAAUAUAAUUAUGAAUAUAAAUGCAAAGCAUUAGAUGCUAAUUAAUAAGAAAGAGAAUAAUUAUGGAAUUCUUAUAUUAAUUAUGAUGGAAAAACCUCUCUUAGAAGAAUAUAAUUUUCGUGGAGUGGAUUUUCUUAGACAUUUAAUCCUGAUGAACUGGAGCCUUAUUAUUAAAAAUUCUUUGAUUCAGUGAUUGUAAUUCAUAGUAAAUAAAAUAAAGAAUAUGCUAAUGAUUUUUAUCAAUAUCUAUUUCCAGUAUCUGAAGAUUGGGAUAGACUUAUAAAAAGUUUAAAUUAAUUAAAGAGUGGAUUAAGCGAUAAGUAUGUUCAUUUACAUAGACAUAUUAAUGAAAGUAUUGAUGAUAUUAAUAGAAAAUAAAAAAAUCAUUAAUGUUUUAUGUAACGAGCUAGUCUUGCUAAAAUGUGAGCAUAAUAUUUUUUUAAUAAUAAAAUUAUUUAUCAUAUUAAAAAAAUAAAAAUUUAAGAUUUA